AUGGAUUACAAGCGUCUUUCACGCUGCGGCGUUGAUAACUGCAAACAGACUUUAUUCUAUCUAGAUGAUGGCCAGUGGUUCUGUAAAAACGGUCAUUUAAGAGAAGGUGAGCUCGAAAUCGAGGCGGAGGACGAGGGGUUCGGGCCACAGGGCGAUAGAGCAGCGAGAAAGAACCAAGAGAAAGAAAAGGUCCAGAGAGUUCUUCGUGGAAGAAGGGGGUUUGAGCUCUUCUUACAGUGCUAUCAAUUAAUUCUCCAAAAACAAGUUCAUUGGCUCAUCAACAAGAAGGGCUUUCCUGUAGAAUUAGAGAUAAUGGUCCGUGACCUAUGGGCUCUUCAACUGAAGAAUACCUCUGCGACCAUCCCAGGGAUUUCAGACGCUGCCCCAUCGCAAGAAGAUGGCCCAGAUAUUGAGGGUUCGAUCAACGGGUGGUCAUCAACAACAGGCUGGUCUAGCCAAUCAGAGUAUCUAUACACAAGUGACGAGGAAUCUCAGGCUUCGACCAACAUAACCUUGAAUACCCGCAACAAAAAUCGCCGCCGACGGAAGAUUCCAAAGGCUAGCGACAGUCCGAGGCUCAUUGCAUCCGUAGGAUUGUGCUACCUUGGAUUGAUGCUGUUAAGGGUUGUUGUUUCGUUAGGCGAUAUGCAUAGAUGGAUUGGGGAAGAGAAGCUGAUUUAUCUGAGAGCUAUCGAUCACAUUCCAGCGGAGAUGAGGUCUAGGCUGGACCUACAUUAUAUAUAUUCCUUGGACCCAAAAUCGAAACCAAAACAAGGUCUUUUAUAUCACACUGUUCAAGAGCUAGUGGUGAUGUACCAGACCUCAUUUGGCAUGAGUUUUCCUCCGAUCGAUACUACACUAAUGGUAUUUCGCUACAUCAAAGAUCUUGGAUUCCCUCUUGAGGUUUACCUCGCUGUCAAGCGUCUCAGCGAUCUGAUGUCACUCACGUUCGUUUGGAACGGCUUACUUCCGGCAAAGAGAGUAUCAGCCUGGCCUGAGGCGCAGCUAAUGGCUCUUAUUAUUAUCGCCACAAAGUUGUUAUAUGGACUCGAUGGCAUAUCUAGGACUCCGGAAUCCAGCACAGAGCCUGCAGCAGUUGGAUUAAAGUGGGAAGCUUGGGACAGGUUUUUGCGUUUAGGUAACGCGGAACGUAGGGGCCUUUUGGGAGGCGUCGAUGGGGAAUGUAGUAAAAAAAGACUUGAAGUUGAUGUAAAGGAAAUCGACAUUCUUGAUAUGAAUGGGGAAGAGUUGGAUAAAUACAUGGACUGGUUCGAAAAGACUUGGACAAAUAAUUCUAACACUAAACUGACAGAACAAAUACUAAAUUUGUUCCCGAUUGAACACGAAGGAACAGCUAUGAGCCAGGAUACAACGCAGGCCGAUUCCGAGAAGGGAAGCAACGCCUCCAGUGAUGGUCUACGAAAAUUAAAUUCCCAGAUCGAACUCCAGCCAGUAGCACAGCAAGAAGAAAAAACGGAAAGGCCUGGCGAUCAAUAUCUUUGCUAUUCAUCAACAUCGGAAUUACCGCUAGAGCACCAAACUUUGCUACAAGCAGCAGCGGACCUUCUAGCUAUAACACGGGACGACCUCGGGAAGGUCGUAAGGUAUUCUGAGGAACGGUUUCGAAACCACUUGAAGGAGCAAAGAAAAAAAGAAAUGAGGGAAAGUAGAAUGUAA